UCUUGUACAUACUCUCUUACUUUCGUCCUCCUCCCCCACGAACAAGGUAAUUCGCGUGUCGCAAAGGUUCAGGACAGUCUUUUCCACUGACGAACGGAAGCGCUGCAACAUCUUGUAUGAUGACUAGUUAUAUGAAGGUGAUCCAGCACUCGGCAGAGACGCUACGAACAGCAUUGGUGUCUGAUCACCAGGACUUGGCAGAACUUUACAGUAAGUACACAAAGGAAGAAAGACAUCUCCUGGAGGAAGGAUUCCACCCGGGGCAGCAGCAUUCCCUUUUCCAAGCCAUCACAGUGCACUGUGACUCCGACUGGAUCCCUGCUCACCCCGAGGAGCGUCAAGACUUUGAGAGCUUCUACAGAGACCCUCACAGGAAGAACCCCAAUGCAAGCCACAACACUAUUUAUAUUCAAACCAUAGGUUCCUUUGGGGAGGUGGGGGUCAAGACAGACCUGUAUGUGGAAUGGCUGAGGCAAUACUGCCAGGCCUUCUUCUUUGGGCUCUCUGUCAAGUUGCUGCCGGCAGUUACUGUCGCUGAAACAGGAUGCACUUUCCGAGUCAACAGCAACUCACACAACCUUCAGAUCCUCACUGGUGAUCUUCUACGAUUUCUCUGUAACAGGAAACCAAAAGAUGCUUUUUGUAUUGUUGGAAUCACAAUGAUUGACCUGUACCCCAAAGACUCCUGGAACUUUGUUUUUGGACAGGCUUCUCUCAGUAUGGGAAUGGGUGUUUUCAGCUUUGCCCGGUAUGAUGACAACUUCUACAGCAGAAAUUAUGCAGGGAGACUGAAAAAAAGGCUUCAGCCAAAGCAGGCAGACUACUCCGUGUUUGACGGAUAUUACACUCCCCCCAUCUCCAGCACUCUGCUGCUUCGAUCCUGCAAGACAAUGACUCAUGAGAUUGGCCACAUGUUUGGAAUAAGGCAUUGCCAGUGGUUGAACUGCGUCAUGCAAGGCUCCAACCACUUAGAGGAGUCUGAUCGAAGGACUCUGGAUUUCUGCCCCAUCUGCCUUCGCAAGCUACAGGUUUCAGUCCGCUUCAAAAUAGCUGAAAGAUACAAGGCUUUACUGCACUGGAUGGAGGAGGAUCAGAAACCGGCAUCCAGACCAGAUGAGGCCUCUGCCCCUCAGUCCGCACUUUACAUUCCAAAACCGACUGAAGCCUUUCAUGCAUCUAAACUUUGGCUCCACAGUUGCCUAGACAUACUGGAAAAAAGAUGA